AACAGUACAAAAAUAAAUAAUUUUAUAAAAAAGUAAAACCAAAAGCUUUUAAAGUUUCAUAGACUGUUAUAAAGAAGUUUUGACAUAUGCUUUUCAUCAAUACGGUUAUGCAAUAGUGGAAAAGUUGAUUGCAGUUGAUUGCACCGGCAUAUAAGUGUGUUUUCGAAAUGAACGCAGAGACAGAUACACAUCAGAAUGGCCAAUCCAAAACGAAGGACACAAAUGGACACGGUGCAGUUGGUUCUGAUUAUGAUCCGCAUCUACAUCGCAAUGUACAAAAUCCCACUACAACUUUGCAAACAUUUGCACAUUUCCUGAAAGCCUCAGUAGGAUCGGGUGUUUUGGCAAUGCCGAGUGCUUUUGCAAAUGCUGGCUACAUCGCUGGACCCGUACUGACGCUAAUCAUUGGUUGCAUCGCUGUACAUUGCCUACACAUACUGAUAAACUCCAUGUACGAGCUGUGCAAGCGGAAACGUGUGCCAUACCUAACGUUCUCCGAGGCAAUGACGAUUGCUUUGCAUGAGGGCCCACCUAUUUUCAAAUGUAUCUUACCAAUAGCAACUCCACUCGUCGACGGCUUUCUCGCCUUCUAUCACUUUGGCAUCUGUUGUGUGUAUGUGGUAUUCAUAGCGGAGAAUAUCAAGCAGAUUGUCGAUGAGUAUCUGGUGGUUUUGGAUGUGCGGCUGCAUAUGUGCUUCAUUUUAAUACCGUUAUUUCUGCUCUACAGCAUUAGAACUCUGAAAACUUUGGCGCCUUUCUCAACGUUUGCCAAUCUACUGCUCUUUGUGGGUUUUGGCAUUGUGCUUUAUUAUAUUUUCGCAACGUUGCCGCCGAUUAGCACACGCCAACCGUUCCAGGUUGUUUCUCGCUUACCAAUUUUCUUUGGCACCGUGCUGUUCGCCAUUGAAGCCGUCGGUGUGAUUCUCGCUAUUGAAGAGAAAAUGGAGAAACCCAAGUCUUAUAUUAAGCCUUUCGGUGUAUUGAAUGUUGGCAUGGCAAUUGUGCUCAGUUUGUAUAUUCUACUGGGAUUCUUUGGUUACUGGGAGUACGGUGACGCUGCUUUGGGCAGUGUGACUUUAAAUAUACCACAGCAGAAAAUUUUAGCUCAGGUCGCGAAAAUUAUCUUCGCCAUCACCACGUGGAUUACAUAUGCAUUACAGGGUUACGUUACGGCCGAUAUUAUUUGGAAUAAAUAUCUUUCGCAGCGCAUAAAAGACACCUCCAAGCAUGUGUUUUACGAGCUUCUGAUAAGGGGCGGCAUUGUUUUGCUGACGUUUUGCUUUGCUGUGGUAAUACCGAAUUUAUCGCUCUUCCUAUCGCUUGUCGGCUCAUUUUGUCUGUCUAUACUGGGUUUGAUUUUCCCCGCCUUGCUGCAGAUCUGUGUACAAUAUGGCCUGGGAUAUGGCGUUUGGAAGCUGAAAUUGAUGAAAAAUCUAUUUUUAAUUGCAUUUGGCAUAUUCGGUGGCAUCAUUGGCUCCUACGUUAGUAUCGUACAGAUUAUCGAAAGCUAUAACACGUAAAGUACGUAACUGUAAAGGGGAAUUAAAAAAAAUUAAUUUAAUUGUUAA